AUGGAAACAAUUGAAGUAUCAACAAUAAUGUCAACAACAUUAACACCAUCAAUUAAUUAUACUCGAUAUUAUCAUCAAUUUCGUAUAAUCCAUAAGAUUCUUGUCAAAAUUUCAUUUCCAUAUAUUUUCUUAAUAGCUAUUAUUGGUUUUAUUACGAAUACAUCAACUGUUAUUCUUUUAUCAAAAAAUUCUAUAACAAAAAAUUUGAAAAAUAAAUGGACAUUGAUUGCAUUAGCUCUUAGUGAUCUUCUUUUUAAUAUUGUAUUACUUAUUCGUGGAGUUCAUGAUAUUAUGAAAGGAAAUUCUAAUCGUCUUUGUAUAAUAAUAUCAUUUCUUAGUCAAUUAGCCCAACUUUUAUCAGCAUGUUAUACUGUUUCAUUUACUAUUCAACGUUAUUCAGCUGUUCGUUAUCCAUUGAAAGCUGCUGCUCAUCGUCGUUCAUCACCAAUUAUUUCUCUUGUAUUUAUAUUUAUAUUAAGUUCAAUAUUUUGUCUUAUACUAUCAAAUAGAAAUGCUUAUGUAAAUUGUCAUGAAGAAUUAAAACUUAAAUGGUUUAUAGCUGAUGCUUUUAUAUCAUUUGUGAUUCCAUUUUCUAUUAUUUUAAUAUUUAAUAUACUAAUUGUAAGUUUUAUUCGGAAACAUUCACGUUCACCUGUUAGUAUACAAUCAACCAUGUUGAGAAAGAGAAGACAAUCACAAAGUAAAGAUAAAGCAUUUCAUCGAGAUAUUACAAUCGAUACAGAAAAUAAUACUAUGAAUGGUAAUGAUGCAUGUGUUCAUACUGAUGAAAAUCAAAGCAUAGAAAUAAAAUUUAAAAAAGAAGAUCAUUUACCAUCAUUAGAAAUAAAACAUCAAUUAAAACGAUCAUCAAUCUCAUUGUUAUUUGAUCAAAUUCAUGUUGAUAAAUCAUUAAAUCAUCCUAAUUUUCAAUCUGGAUUUCGUUCAUUUGUUUCAUCAAAGGUUACUUCUCAUUUUAAUAAAAAUUCAAAUUCAUUAUCCGAUUCCUUGUCUUCUCGAUUCUCAAGAAAAUCAUCAUAUCAAUCGAAUGAUAAUGAAUUGGUUUCUACAAAAUCAACAAGAACAUAUCAAUCAAUUCGUGUUACACGUAUGCUUGUUCUUGUUUCAACUUGUUUUCUUAUACUUAAUGCUCCAGCACAUUUAUGUGUUAUUGCACUUAAAAUUUAUACUACUAUUAAUGUACCAGUAUUCAAUGAACAAAUUGAAAUUGAUCUUUAUGACCCAACAAAAAAUUUAACAAGUUCUGAAAUAGCAAAUUUUGCUUCGAAUAAUGAUAUCCAUAAUCAAACAAAUAAUACAACAAUAUUAUCUUCAUUUCAACAUUUAGGAGUGAUUGAAGAUAAUAUAGCAAUACAUCUGUUUUAUAUGGCAGUUUUAUUAACACAAUUGAUAGCAUAUGCAUCUUAUUCAAUCAAUUUUUUUCUUUAUUCUUUCAGUGGAGUUGCUUUUCGAACAAGUCUUAAACAGUUACUCAGCACAUUUCAAAGACAUUAA